GACUGGGUCUCUAUGCAUGGCUGCUCCGGUGCUGGCUUGCCUCGGCCUUCGGCCGCCUGUCCAAAAAGAGGAAGCUUCUUCUUGCGCGCCAUGGUGGAAAUCGAGGUGCUUCCAGCUAGCAUCUUCAAUCUCCAUCGUCGGAGCCACUACUUGGGCUGCUCUGAUUUUUCCGCUUCCAGGUGGCUGCAGCUUGAAAGGCAGAAACUUCAAUGAGUACGCACUGGCUCUCAGCACUGCGAUGGCAGGUCUUGGAGCCUUGUGGACAUGGCUAGUGGCACCGAGCAAGCACAUUCUUUGGGCGUCCUAUUUCUUGUUCCUCAAUUGGUUUGAGGGCUUCAUCACUUUCUACUUGAUUUUGCUGAUCCGAUGUGAUUCCUCUAGCCAUAAUCUCUCGCUAGAUUUUCUGUACAAGGUCUUCUUCUUCAGGACAGCCCUCCUUGCUUGUGAGAUGGUUUGCCUACAAGCCCUUGUUGAAAAUCGGCUGAAGAGUCUUUGGCAUGUACCCAGCCAUUCCAAUUGUUUUGACACAUUUCUUUUUGCAGCAGAAACUUCUACCCUUUGCUUUGGCAUCAUAGCGAUGAUCCUCCAGCUACUCUUCCCACUGGAUUUGGGUUUGUGGUGGGUCCAACUGCUUCUUUUGUCGUGCGCCUUUGUGGUCCCAAUGGGCUUCGUCGCAUGGGCAGUGCAGGUGCUCUUGAGAUUGUGUUGUGUCUUUGCCACAUUCCAGCGAGCUUUACGGCGAGUCAAGCGGGAAGAGCUCAAUGGUGUGAAGUCGUUGAGAGCGAGCCGAUGGGAGGUUCAGUUGCAAGCUGCUGGAGUGAUCUUUAGUUUGAGCACCACAUUCGUUUUGGUGGGUGCCAUUGUGGAUAUGUAUAUCAUCGCUCAAGAUGGUGCUGACCCGUCUGACUUCUUGAGAGGGGUUCUGGCAGCCUGCGCCAACUUGAUUUUGAAUACUGUGGGAGCCGUGUUGCUCUCCGGUGCUCACCGGCUACUUUGGUGGACCCCAGGGUCAGAGAGAAGUUCACAGCUUCAUGCAGCCGCUCGUCUCUGUAAACUCAAUGCUUUUCGAAAGUCAACAAGCACCAAAGGACCGCUGCAACAAGCAUGGAAGACCGACAAGGGAGCAGAAUGGGAAGAAAAAACUGCAGAACUUGCAGCGCGGGGCAUAUCUUUGCGCAACCUUCUGACUUUCUACAAAUUGCUGGGCGAUUCGGUCAUGCCAUCGUACGAACCAUCCAGGCACUCCACCAACGAUGUGGUGAGACUUGCGAUCAUCCCAUUGACUGCUGCCCACAGCAGCUCAUAUGCUGAACAGGUCAACCAGGGGAGGAAAAUGAUUCCAAAGAAGAUGGUCACCCAUAGCUGGUCUAACCUCUUUCGCGACUUGCUGGCGAGUGUCUUGGCUGAUGCACUGGGAGAACACACCUUCGAAUUUCUGGCGCGGCUGCUGUCAGACAGAGCUGGGACCGAGCUGGUCGAGCAAAUGCUGCUUUCUUUAGGUCGCCUUGAUGACAGCUACUGGAUUUGUGCUUUCGCAGUGAACCAGCAUAGUGGAAUCUGUGGGGCCAACCCAAAUGGAAAUGUUGAUCCUGUUACACUGAUACCUCAUCCGAUUUGUGACUGCGGCAAGCCGAAGAUGUUCAACAAGACACCACCCUUGAAUUCGGAGGGGGAGAGCAUCCAGUGCGAGAUGAACAAAUUCGAUGAUAUGAUGGCCUACCUGGCUGGCAAAGACGAGUCCUUCGCAGAGGUGAUCGCUGUGGACGAGAAGCUGGAUCUAUUUGAAAGGGCUUGGUGUAUGGCAGAGGUCGCGGAGGCGAAGCAGAUGGGCAUGGAACAGAAUUUGAAGCUUCGAAAUAAGGAAACAUUAAUUAUUCGACAGAACACUUUGAGAGGCCUUGAUGUGAAACAAAUGCAAGCGAGCCGGCCGGAAGAUGUAAAAGCAAUCCUGGCAAAGAUUCCUGACACGAAAGCUUUUAACGACUACCUGCAAGACCUGAUCUUUGACCAAAAUUCAGGGCUAUUGACAAAUUGGCACAAGGCAGAUGCCUUGCAGCAGAUGGAAGAAGCAUCUCGAGUUUUGAGAUGGGCAAGGAUUUCUGAGGCCGAAGAUGGUGCAAUCAUUUGGAGGGAAUGGGUUUCUUAGACCACGCAGAUGGGUGUGGGUCAAUAUCAUAUAUCACCCC